UUUAUUUUCAUAUAAACACUAUUUUGAUCGUGAAUUUGAAUCAAUAUUUUAAACGGAAAUUAUAUUACGAUAGAAAAUAUCAUUUAUACUUUAAACGGUAAACAGACGACAUGAUAGUUUUGUUAUGAUUCUACAUAAACGGAUUUAUUACAGAGGGAAAUUAUUACGAUGAAUCUUGAAAGUGAUCUCAGAAACACAAAAUAUAGAAACUGGGUCAGAGGUGUACUUGCAUACAAAUAUCUAAAAUGCGGUUUAAAAGGUUUUGCUGAUUAUUUGGUUGUGGCAGAGCAUCAGAGGAUUCUUAGUGCACAUCGAAACACAUGCAAUCAAUGCAAUUUCAGGGAUUUGAAGCCUGUGCAUAAAAAGGAUCUUAGUAGCGGGAGAAGCAUUUGCCCCCGGAGUCAGAAUAACUGUAACUGUUUGCGGCAAAACAAGAUUCCAUGUCCAAACAAUUUUUGUGAUGCUGUAUUUGAAGACAUUUUGAACAGUCACGGAUCAACUCCUCCCGCUCCAAACUGGAAGAACACAGAUGUACAGAAAUGGUGUUCUUCUCCCUGGGAAAUCGCGAAAUGUUUUAUUAAUGCGCCUGGUUACACAGACAAAUCAUCAGCCACCGACAUUGAUGCCUCUGGGCUACUUCAUUUAUUCAUCAACAACACAAAUUUUCACUCCCACAUGACAUGUGUAAUUACAGGAUCAGAUUGUUUAAGUAAGACAAGACAGCGACGGAACGGUAUAUUUCACUCACCGGAAAUGGAGCUAGAAGAAAAUGAAAUGAUUGAGUGCAUUGAUGACAUAAUAUCAAUUCUUGAAGACGAUCAAGAACUAAAAGCAAGGCCAGAAGCAAAGCAAGCUGUUGUCAACUUACUAGAACUUAAGCAACGACAUUUUGUAAUAUCUACUCACGAAGAGGCUGAAGCGUGCCGAUCUGCGUUAGAUUCGAUAACGAAAGAAGCUGCAAAAAUUAAAUCCACUGUUGAUGAAGCAAGAAAUGACAUUAAAAAGGGGGUUGAAGAAGCACUACAAAACAUUGACGAGAAGUCAAAGAAGGCAACUGAAAAUGCUUUAGACAGACUGGAGAAAAAAAAUGAUAGCCAGAUCGAAACGAUGAAACAAACAAUAGAAGUGUUAGUGGAAACAGUUAAACACCUGAAAUCAGAAAAUGCAGUAAUUAUUCAGCGGCUUACAGAUAUAGACACAACCUUAGAUACAUUAAAAGCCACACGCGAUAAAUGUGUAUCGAACUUGAAAUACGUUGAACAGAAACAAGUAUUUCAGCGAGAGCUUUUUAAUCGAUACGAGAAAUUUUAUCAAAGAACUAGUGUAUCACCAUUGAAAACAAAUGAAGAUGAUAUCAAUAUAUCGCAAGUAUAUGUUAACCCCCUUAUCAAGCAAGAAAAGAAGGUAUCAAAAAAUACAAAAAUAACUACACAUACUGAAACAACUACGUCAGUAUUGUAUGAGAGGCAGACGAAUACAAAGAACGACACAAAGGCAACAACACAUUCGAGAGACAAAACCUCAGAAUGUAAAGUCGUAAACGGAUACAAAGACAUUUUUCAUAAUAAUGAAUCAAGAUAUAAAAGAAUUUACAUUGUUGGUGAUGCUGGGACAGGUAAAAGCUCUUUUAGCAAAAUGAUGAUACAUAAUUGGUGUACAUCAUACCGAGAAACAGAGAAACUCGUAACUGGCAUAGAAAACAUUCAACAUCCGUUAGGAAUGGCACUUGAAGAGGAAAAUAUCAAAGAAAUGAAGUUCUUUAAAUUCCUGUUUUUCAUUCCUUUGUCUAGAAUGUCAGGUUUUAGUAUUGAUGUACUUGAAAUGAUUAAAGAGAUGUACAAAGACAUUCUUUCAAAUGAUCUUAUUUGCACUUUAUUUGAGAAAGAAUCGCAUGAAUGCUGCAUUUUGAUUGAUGGCUUAGAUGAAUGGACUCCACCAAAAAACAACCCUUGUCCUCAGCAUGUAAGCUAUGGCAUUCCAAAUGGAAGCGGGCUGAAGAACGCUACAUUUGUAACAUUUUCCAGACCCUCUGCAAAGGGAAUUUUGAACUUGAAGUCAUCAGAAUACGACAUGAAAAUCAAUUUACAGGGAGUUGAUAAGGAAUCAGUUGAGGAAUUAGCGUCAAAUUAUAUGAAACUGCAAAAUAGGAACAACUUGACAGUACGCGGUUUUAUGGGCAAGAUCAGGGAUAACUUCGAACAUGUCGACCUCAAACCUUUGCUUAUUCAACAACUUGUGUGGAUGUUUUGUCAGGAAAAGGAACUUGGAACGUGUGUCCCAGAAGUUAAUUGUAAUCUUGUUAACAUUUUGUUCGGUUGGAAUCAAAGCAAAGAUGAAAAUGAUUCAACUGACGAAGAUACUGUUCAAUAUAGAGCGAUAGAAGACAUGGAACUUCCUGACAAGUUAAGACAGUUGCCUAGAUGUCAAGCAAACAAGUCGUCUAUUUUGAGUUUAGGUAAGCUUGCAUUUGACGAACUGACCGCAGACACAUCAACAUGUAUAUUUGGUCGAUUAAAAUUACUUGAAUGUGGCUUUUCAAAAAAUGACAUCAAUUUACUUACAAGAACUGGUUUCAUAGAGGAGCAGACAAAAAUUGAUCCGUCCCUUGAAACGACAAGCUUUACCUUUAUACACAGGUCAUAUCUAGAAUUCUUCGCUGCUAUUUAUGUUACUUCAUUUCCCAAAAGUAAAGGCCCACCGCCAUGCAAAGCACGAAGACUCAGCAAACAAACAGCGUUGCAUGAGUUUUUCACGGCGUUCAAGUCAAUAGCAGAUAUCCUACGAAUGUCAAAAGUUGUUGAAACGAUUUGUUAUUUGGCACCAAAUCUUUUGAGGGAAAUAACAGAACAUGUAUACGAAGUUGUUCAUCAAGAUGUUUCAUUUGUGGAUUAUAGGAAAACCUUACCUCACAACGAUAUUAGAGAACCGGAGAUGAUCCAAAUGCUUUUAGAAGAUUGGGCCUUAUACUGUGAUGAUGCACAAGAGACACAGCAAACCACUUUAAGCUUAUCUGACAUCACAAUUAAUAUCGAUACUAAUUUAUCAUUCCUACACAAAAUUGACCCAGAAAAAGUACUGUCACUUUGUAGUUACAGUUUAACCUACCUUCCAGAGGAUGUUUGCAAAUGGAUUGCGCUAUUGCAUCAUUUGCAGGUUAUAUGCAUAUUUACUGAGGAAAUCUCAUGUGAAGAGUUAGAUAACCUGUUUGAAUCAAUAGAAAAAUUAGUCUCUUUGCAAGAGUUGAUUAUGUAUGAUAGAACAUAUAACAACCCCGAUAUGAUUGGACCAAUUUGUAAUAAUUUAGAAUAUUGUCCUACACAUAUUCUUUCUUUGACAAAUCACAAUAAACUUGUGCGGAUUCAUUUUGAGAAAGUCUGUUGCUUCGAAAUUGACUGUGAAAAACUUCCUAUUAACUUAGAGUCUCUUUUCAUAAUGGACUCAUUUGGUCACGACUCGUCAGAUUACCAUGAAGAACUUUGCAAAUUAGUACCAAGCGCGAAGAACCUUAAGCAUCUCACUUUGGCAACAUACGGUGGUGACGAAUAUGAUGAUCAUUCAUUAGAUCUGUCACAAAAUACCUUGCUACAGACAGUUAAUCUCAACUAUUUUGUAUGUUGCUUGGGUUCAGCUGAGAACGUAAAAUCUCUUGUGUCAUUUUCCAUAUCAGAAAGUAAUUUAAAACAUGAAGCCGGUGAUAAGCUAGCCUCAGCUUUAUCCAGCGCUGUCUCUUUAAAGUCACUAAGCAUAUCAGAAAUAAAAUGUGAUGGUCCCGCUUGUAAAAAACACCAAAUAGACCUGUCUCAGCAUGGCAACCUAGAAGUUGUAGAAAUGAUAGCAUGUUGUUUUUACGUUGUUAAUAGCAAAGUUAGUGUCAGAACAUCAUAUCCAUUACCAAGUUUCCUUGAUGUUUUAAAUGAUUUAAGACGACACAUUUAUUGAAAUUACAUUUUCUUUCAAACAUCUACAGCUGUAUUACGAAUUCUUUUUGAUGAACUAGUGUUUUGAACAUUUUCUUAAAAUCAUAUUAUUGUUUACUUUUACUGCGCGUAUCAAGUUAAGUCGCUUUUGUAAAACUAAAAUGAUUAUAAAUCGAGACAACAUAUUGCUAGUGGUAUAUGAGCACCAGUUAAGGAUCACUGGCUUAAAGUAUCAACACAAUACAUAGUGUUUAAGCUUAUCACAUAUCAGUUAUUUUUAGACGUAGCCUUAUCUACCCGAAUUGACGUACUCGAACUGAGAGCCGGCGCUGCAGAACAAUAUAGUCGCCGUGAUAAUCUGCAUAUCACCGCAAUAUAAAAAAAACAAAUACGAAAAUGCCGACCAAAUCAUACUUGACAUGAGCACGAGCAUUGGUGCUGACUUAAGCUUAAAUGAAAAAGCUGUUUCACAUCGACUCGGUAAACCUAGAUCAUCUAGAAAACCGCACGAUAUCCUGGUUAAGUUCGUAUCUCGUCGUUCUUGAAAGAGACAAACUUCUCAAGAAGCGUGCUCUGUUGAAGACUAAAAGCCACACGAAAAGAUUAUGAUUAUGAAGAUUUAACUAAAAUUAGAUCGGAACUUCUAUAUGAAGCACGUCAACUUGUUAAAAAGUAAAGCAAUUCUCGGCGCUUGGAACACUGAUGAAAUGAUAAUUGUAAAAAGCUACUUCUACUCGUAACAAUUAGGGUAAUCCCGUGAAUAUCGUGCGUGACAUUCCAAAACUAUUUUCAUUUUAUUCUUCGUUUUAACGGUUUCUAUGUUCUAUAUCUGAAUUGCACUAUGUUUAAGUCAGUAGACUAAUACUGUAGAUAAUAUGAAGUGUAUAUAUGUGCAUUUAAAUAGAAUUUUUAAACUAUUUAUCAACCAUCUUGUCAUUCCAGUUUAGAAAUCCGAAAAAAAUGUUAUCUAGACACAUCACGUUCAUAUAAUUAUAUAAAAACAGCUUGUAAUUGCGAUUAUCAUAUAAAAGAAACUAUAUUAGUUAUAACGAGAAUUAUAUUUUGUUUAUUUUUUUAGCUUUAACCUUCUACCAACUUACUUGUUCUUUAAAGUUGUUCAUUUUUCUUAUAAGAAACUAAGAUUAAAUAUACAUCUCGAUGUGAUCUACUACUUUAAUAACAUCUAUAUCAGUGAUGUUUUAGAAAACUCAAACGAAUAUGAUAAUAUUAAGAUUUUAUUCAUUUUUCAGCUUUAACUUUUUACCAAGUUAUUUGUUCUUUACAGUUGUUCUUUUUUCUUGUAAAAAUAAGAUUGAAUAUACAUCGCGAUGUGAUCUACUAUCUUGAAUAAUAUCUAUAUCAGUGAUGUUUUAGAAAACUCAAAGGAAUAUGAUAAAAAUUUCAUUGGUAAAUGAGCAAUUUAUACUACAAUAAAAUUUUUAUUAAUGUUUCAUAUGUUUAAAUCAAUACGGUUAAGCUUUAACAUGAAUGCAAGUAUAUGUGUACAUAUGUACGCGCUUAUGUGUACAUAUGUAAAUGUGUGCGCAUAUGUAUACUGUUGUAUACUGUAUGUUUUUGUGCAUAUGUGUGCUUGUUUGUAUGUUUAUUUGCUUUACUUGUGAAAAUCUUAUCGUAAAAUAAAGAUAAUUUAGAUAACUUCAAUGACAUACUAGUCAUAUAGUUGAUGUAAAAUCAAUUAAUAGUAUAGCUUAUAUGCACUUAUAAGCAUAUGUAUAUGUUUCUAGCUAACUUUCCUUUCAAUUGGUAAUAUUUUUGUGUCUCUUUUCAAGAAAUAGUUUCUUUGAUAAAAUAUUGAUAUACUUUUUGAAAAUUGUCACUCUUAUUAUUCCUUUUAUUUUAAGGAUGAUAUUGACACGACUUUUUAAAUAUCUUUCUUUUUGCAUAUCGAAAUAUGUAGUUUGCUUUAUCAUGUUUUUGAUUUAAACAUAUUACUACCUCUUGCUAUUUAUAUAUAAAACAUUGUAGUACAACAUUUUUUCAAUAACUGUAAGAGCUGAUGUAACUGAUAUUUAAAUGAUAUGUAUAUAGUACAAUAUGAUUAAACUUUGAAAUAUAAUUUAAAAUUUAUAACCAUGCUUUUUGCAUAACAUCAGGAGGCUUUUCAAAGUAUGCACACUUCUUUCAUCAUAGCUUAUGAUUUCAGUGCACUUUUUGGUCCUUUUAUAUUGUUAAUGUAUCUUUAAAUUGUCCCUUUAUUACAUCUUGUUUUCUUUUGUUUUUCCUCAAACUCAUUUUCUCCCUUUAUAUUCACUCUUCUUUUUCCCUAGGGACAUCUAUUCGGAAUAUUGUAAAUGGAAUGCUUCGGAUGCUAAUAAUUAAUAUACUCGGAGGCAUGAUAGUGACGGCGCGCUUUUUGUUGUUUCUAACAUCAAUUACAUAGUGAAUAAAUCUCAUGCACUCAUACUCUUGUACAUGGAAAUUUUCCCUCUUACUGAAUAUGUUUGUUCUUCUACACAUUGCUCCAAACAUGAUUCUUACAUACUCACUGUCUCUUCACAUAAGGAAUCAAGUUUAAUACAACAUUAAAUAUCCACACAGACGAUCCCUUUCAUGCUAUGAGUGCUUCAUUCACAAUGUAGCGUUUACUUAUCUACUCAUCGUUGUUCUCGUUAAAAUUUGUGUAUUCAAUGGCUGCAUAUUGUUCUUACUUUAUCCUGGUCCAUCGUCAACAAAUUCCUCAACUGAAUCAUUGUCCACUACGUCGUCUAUGUCUCUGGACCUAGCAAGUCUAAUGUCGUCAAGUUCCUGUUUAUCUGUCCUUCAAUAUAAUGUUAAAAGUCUGCUAAGCAAAAUUGAAAUUCUAACCAAUGAAUUGAGUAUGUUAGUACGUUAAGAAUUUACUAUUUUACAAAUGGCGAAUGGAUCUCGAACCUAGAAAUAUAGAAUGUGUAUGAGUGGAGAUUAUUCUACCUAAAUCUAAACGUAUUUUGCUAGGUAUUUUUAAUGACCACCAAGUGCAGAUUCACAUUAUACAGCUCUUAUGGAACACUCUCUAAACUUGGCAGUAGAAACAGAUAUAUCAGAUAUCAUUGUUACUGGAGAUUUUAACUUAAAUCCAUCUUAUCCUACAUUAUUACGCAAACUUCUUUCAAUUUGUCAACAAUUUCACCUUGAGCAACUAAUUAACGAACCUACACAUUAUACCGAGACGUCAGCCUCUGUUUUGGAUCUUGUUCUUGUUUCUUGUAGUCAUCCAGUAAUAACUUCAAGUGUUGGGGAGCCAGUUCUAGGCCAAAUUCUUUGCUACCACUGCCCUAUAUUUGCUCUUUUGUAUUCUCUAAACCUAAGUCAGGAUCUUUCAAACGUUUUAUAAAGCUAUAUAUGCAACUACAACUCCCUGAAACAAAGCAUCAUGCAAACUGACUAGCAACAAUAUUCAAACAACGACAAGGAUGAAAACG